AUGCAACUCUCAGCGCCCGAGAACUGUGGGGUCACGCCGCACAUAGAAAUACCUUAUCGCAUCGACAAAGUCGUUGAACAUUCUCAAGAUUCUGCCCCUGCAAGUAUUCUACUGGCCAACGACACCUGCCAAGUCUCGGAGUUCAUAUCCUUGUUCAACGUCGGAUUCAGCACCCUCGUGCAUGACGAUCCACCCAGUAUUUACAAGUACCCAACGCUGAAGAAGAGCGAUUUGCAGUCUCUUUCUCGAAUUGCUCCUUCAGUAUUCAGUCUUAGAUACCGCGAAGCCAUGCAGCGUUUCGCUGCUUCAGAGAUACACCGCAACCAAAGAAAACAUCGAAGAGAACAUCCAAUUCCACGACGACUGGGGCAUCGACGAAACACAAACAUCAGACUGUUAUCUAGGCACAAAUGGAGAUAUUGA